AGUAGAUCUAGUGCUGACAGCCAGUGUAUAUAUUACUUAGAAAAAGUAGCAAAUCUGAAACAUCAAUAAUACCGAGCAUAAAUUUAAAAGUUAAUUGAAACGCCAUGUCGCAAAACUCAGCACCACCCGCGCAUACUUUUGAGAAUGAUAACAAUUACUACCAAAUCAGCGAUGAAGAUCUCGAAGACUGCGAUGAUCUCAACGAUGACUGUCUACUAGAAGAAGUGGUGGAGGGCAGCAAUGGAAAUAGCAUCACAAUCGGUGGACGCGGUCCCUACGAACGCGCUUGGACCUCGGAAGCAACGCGUGCCCUGAUACACAUACGCGGACCGAUGCAAGGCAUGUUCACGGAAGGACGUCAAAAGCGUACAGCACUUUGGCUACACUGUACGCGACAAUUACAGAAAUUGGGUUUCCGUUAUAGCGCGGCGAAGGUACAAAAGAAAUGGCACAACAUUUUGAUUACGUACAGCAAGAACUUGCCGAAGAAAAAGUCCAGCGGCUAUGUACAUUGGGAGUUCUUCGAGGAGAUGCAUAAAUAUUUGAAGGAUAAGAAAGUCGAUAUAUAUGAAUUUCAAAUGCAAUCAUCGUCAUAUUCGAAAUCAGCUAUUCAACAACAACAACAACAACAACAACAACAACAACAACAACAACAACAGCAGCAGCAGCAGCAACAGAAGCAACAACAACCGCAAAGUGCAGCGUUUCGUGAGCUCAAACAAGCGCCGGCACUCUCGAAUGAAUUGAUGGCACAAUUCGACGGGAAUCAACUCUCGUUGCUGGCCAACAUCGCCGAAACGAAUAUGGACAAAUCGAAUGAUGAGUUCGAUGAAGAUUCGACCAUAAUGUCGGAAUUGAAACAACCAAAAAUGGAAUUUAAUGACAACGAAUUGCCAUUGGAAAUCUCUCAUGCGAACGGAUAUAGUAACAAAUGUGACAAUGCGCGCUUUCCGUCUGUCGUCAAUGGGGCGCAGGAGGAAGGCGUCUGGUGGAAGGACUAUUUUGAACGCAAACUGGACGUCGAACGUGAGAAGAUCCAAUGUCAAAAAGAGCUGCAUCGCGAGCAAAUGCAAUUCCAAAAGACGACCGCGCUGCAACAAGAGAAAAUCGAGCGCUUGAAGAUCGAUGCGAUCAACAAUUUGACGGCGACGCUGCAGAAGCUGGUGGAGACGAAGAAUCGCAAGGCGUAGAGCACUGUGAAAUGAAGAAGUUUCAUUGAUUUUCAUCGUUUGUAGAAAGUUAAGUUAAGUCUUUGGUCAUUAGGCAAACAGGCGUACAUGGAGUUCAGAUUUUGUAGAGUUCAAGUCUCAAAUAUAUUUGUGGAAUGUGCAUUUUUUAUUUGAUACUACAAAUUUUAAUUGAAGCUUCAUAUAUUACUAUUAAAAAGUUUAACCCUAGAAGUCAAUUUGGGCAUCUAAAUCAUCCUUCAAAGCGUCAUACUCAAAAAUAUUUGCUGUUUUAGUUAAGAUAUUUUGCCGUGAGGCCAUUUAUAUUUGUGUACAUAACUUUAGAAAUAAAUUAAAUGUAAUAAUUUUUAAU